AUGACCAAGCUCGGUCCCUUGACGUCGCAAGCGUUGGGCCGCUCGCCCUACGACAUUGUCGUCCCGGGCGAGGGCGAGCAGGAUCCACGAGAUCACGAUCCGAACCAGCACCGACAAGAAUACGACGACCGCGGACGACCGGUCAACAGGGAAACCAAGCUGAUGAACCGUGACAUUGUGCGCGCCCACAACGAGGUCAUGCAGGUCAUCGGUGUAGCCGAACCCGACAGCAGCAUCCAGGCAGCUGACGAGGAGGCCGAGAAGCGCUACCGCCAGAAGCAGUACGGCGACGAGGUUGCGCACCGGCUGAUUCACGUGGGCCGCGUCCUGGGCGUCAUGGGCGUCUGGGGCGUCAACGCCGUGCGCCAGCGCAUUUUGCUCUACCGCCAGUACUCGGAGAUACCGUUCCAUCACCUGCUUCAGCACGAGUUCAGCCGCCAGCCCCUCUGGCGCGCCCUCGAGACCGGAUUGCCCGUCUUUAUCACCAACCACGCUCUUCGUCGGGCUUCUCUCGGCUUCAAAUCGGUCCACAGAACCUUCUGGAAAUCCUCCCUCCUCCAGUUUGUACGCCUGCAUCUGCAGAUGUUCCUCUUCCUGCAGCGCUCCGGCAUCGCGCCGGCUGUGCCGUUACUGCCAAGCCCGCUCUACUUUCUGCCCUUCUCCCGCGAAUCGCCCAUUGCAAGACCACCUCCGCUACCGACGACGCUGUCCGUCCGCUCCAUGGUCCACUGGAGCUGCGCCACCGUCCUCAACUUCGCCCCCGUCUUCAUGUUCUAUAGCUAUAUGCGAGCAUGGUCUUACGUGACGGAAACGCUCUACAGAAGGAUCUACCACUGGCUGCCGACACCGACAAACCCACGUUCGUCGCGCAGCCUAUACGUGCCCGAGUACGUCUCAAUCAGCGCAAGACGGCUAAACGGUUCAUCCGCAGCCGAGGCCAGUGAUGGUGCCGAUGGUGCAGAAGACAUGGACGGUCCGAUUGGUCCAGACGACGUGGAUACAGCAGCCGCAUCGUCCGAGUCCACGCCGCUGCAACCGCUUCCUCCUCCACCACCGCCGUCGUCUUCGGCACCCGGGUCACCCACGACGGUCCGCCGACGAAACACGGUCUCGAGCCAUGGUGGGGGCGACGACGGCUACGCGAGCGAGGAGGAGGAGUUUGAGCUGAGCGCGACGCUGAUCAGCUUCGAUGUCGAGGCCGGCGACGCCAACGACAACGCGCCCAGCGCCUGGUCGGCCGAACUGCGACAGAGUCCCGCUGGCGGCGGAGAGGGUGGACCGGCCGGCAACGGUGGUGACGUCGAAGGAGGCGAAGGCCGAGGAGAAAGUGGCCAUCAAGGGACCAGCGGCUCGGACUAUGGUGUCGGCGACAGCAGCAACGCGACUUCUGGAGUUGGCUUCGGGCCCGUCUAUGCCGAAGGGUUGCUGGUACAGCUGCCGGCCAUCAUCGCAACGGACAUCAUGACAGUGCUGACUUCGUCGGCCCUGAUGGCGCCCUAUGAGGCCUUUAUGAUCCGGCUGGUGGCGCAUGCCUAUCGGCAACAGCACGGGCUGCCAGUCGACGACCUGUACGGACUCGCCGUGCUGUCGCCGGCCGACGGCAGCCUCUCGUGGACAUCGCUGACCAACUGCGUCGGCAUGUGGCUGGUGCACCUGGCCGUCGACGCGAGCGGCUGGCUGCUGGUCACCGGGCUGGCCGUGCUGUAUCGGGGUGCUGAGCCGGAAUGGUCUAUUUUCCAGCUGCUCAAGGAGAAGCUGGGAUACGGGCAAAAGCGAGGGGAUGGACGGGAGUAA